GUUUUUUUUUUUGCUGUCUGCAAUAUGCUCUUUACUGCACAUACAUUUUUGGUGCAGACCAAAGUACGGAAGUGUUGUCUCCCAUUGGUAGGGUUGGAAGAAGGUAAGUCCGGCCUCCUCCUCCUCCUCCUCUUUCCUCCACAGAGAAACGUGACACCAGUGACAUCACACGGUGGGCUUGGCUUGUCCCAUGCUCACUGCUCAACACACUCAGUGUGUGAACAAGCUCUACUCCUGAAGGAUCUCUGCUCCUCCGGACUGGAAUUGUAACCCUCGGGAUCCGGCUUUUUUUUUUUAACACAUGGAAUAACAGAGGAGCCCCCUUUUUAAAGAUUUCUUUUUUUUCUUCCCACAUUUGAGGGAUAAUCAUUCCUGGAUAUAAUUUGGAUUGCCUUUCCCAGGAUUAGACGCUCCCUGGAAUAAGUGUCUUGAAAGGGAAUAAAAGGAGAGAUUUAUUCCGUACUGACAUGAAUAGGUUUUAGCCUUUGAUCGUGUCAGAGUGGGACGCGUCUAGCAGGGGACCGUGGAGGAGGAGGACCAGGCAGCGGCGACCAACGUGCGACAUGGCGCCCCACCCACUCAAAGGGGCGUGGCUUGUCCUGCUGCCGCUGCUCAGCUGCGGGGUGAUCUCCUCAGCGGCAGACAGUCUGCCGACUUUCGUCAAAUCCCCCGAGGACCAGACGGGCAUCUCGAGCGGGGUGGCCUCGUUUGUGUGCCAGGCCACGGGGGAGCCCAAGCCCAGGAUCACCUGGAUGAAAAAGGGCAAGAAAGUCAGCUCGCAGCGCUUCGAGGUGAUUGAGUUUGACGACGGCUCGGGAUCGGUGCUGCGCAUCCAGCCCCUGCGCACGCACAGAGACGAGGCCAUCUACGAGUGCACGGCCGCCAACAGCGCGGGCGAGAUCAACACCAGCGCCAAGCUGACCGUGUUUGAAGAGAACCAGAUCCCCCACGGCUUCCCGACCAUCGACAUGGGCCCCCAGCUGAAGGUGGUGGAACGGACUAGAACCGCCAUCAUGUUGUGCGCGGCCAGCGGAAACCCCGACCCGGAGAUUUCCUGGUUCAAGGACAUGCUCCCCGUGGACAUUAGCACCAGCAAUGGACGCAUCAGACAGCUUCACUCAGGUGGUACACCAAUUAGAGGAGCUCUGCAAAUUGAGAACAGCGAGGAGUCGGACCAGGGCAAGUACGAAUGCAUCGCCACCAACAGCGCCGGGACGCGCUACUCGGCUCCCGCCAACCUCUACGUACGAGUGCGGAGAGUCCCGCCCAGAUUCUCCAUCCCGCCCACGAACCAGGAAGUGAUGCCGGGCGGCAGCGUCAACCUGACGUGCGUGGCGGUGGGCUCGCCGAUGCCCUACGUCAAGUGGAUGAUGGGCCUGACGGAGCUGACCAAGGAGGAGGACAUGCCGAUGGGGCGCAACGUGCUGGAGGUGACCAACAUCCGCGAGUCGGGCAACUACACCUGCGUGGCCAUGUCCUCGCUGGGCCUGAUCGAAGCCACGGCUCAGGUCACGGUCAAAGCUCUGCCAAAGCCCCCCACGUCUCUCAUCGUGACCGAGACGACAGCCACCAGUGUAACGCUGACCUGGGACUCGGGCAACCCGGAACCCGUGUCCUACUACAUGAUCCAGUACCGAGCCAAGGCAUCAGAAAAUGGCUUCCAGGAAGUAGAAGGUGUCGCCACCACUCGCUACAGCAUCGGCGGACUGAGCCCCUACUCGGAGUACGAGUUCCGUGUUAUGGCCGUCAACAACAUCGGCCGUGGGCCGCCCAGCGACCCUGUGGAGACGCGAACCGGCGAACAGGCGCCCUCCUCGCCGCCUCUGCACGUCCAAGCGCGAAUGCUAAGUGCGACUACAAUGCUGGUCCAGUGGGAGCCGCCCGAGGAGCCCAACGGGCAUAUCCGCGGCUUCCGGGUGUACUACAGCUCCGAUCACGGCGCUCCCCUCAGCGCCUGGCAGAAACACAACACGGACGACAGCAGCCUGACCACCAUCUCUGGCCUGACGCCCGAUAUCACCUACAGCCUCAGGGUGUUGGGGUUCACCUCCGUCGGGGACGGCCCGCCCUCGGACAUCCUUCAAGUCAAGACCCAGCAGGGGGUGCCGUCACAGCCAUCCAGCUUUGAGGCUGAGGCUGAGCUCGACACCCGCAUCUUGUUGUCAUGGCUGUGGCCUGUGCAGGACCCCAUCAUAAAGUAUGAGCUGCAGUACUGGGAGGCUGGCUCGGACAACAAGAUGCACGUGACCUUCGACCCGGCGGGCUCCUACGCCGUGGACGGCCUGAAGCCCAACACCCUCUACCGCUUCUCGCUGGCGGCCCGCUCUGAAAACGGUUUAGGCGUCUACACCCAGCCCAUCGAAGCUCGCACCGCCCAGUCCACCCCCUCCGCCCCGCCCCAGGAUGUCCGCCUGUACAGCCUGAGCUCCACCAGCCUCAAGGUGAGUUGGGCGGCCCCGCCCGCCGCCAGCCGCCACGGCGCCAUCGUGCGCUACACGGUCAGCUACCAGGCGCUGGCUGGCGAGGACACGGAGCGCCACGAGGCCACCGGCAUUGACGCCGCAGCCACCGACUAUGUCAUAGAAGAGCUGGAGAAGUGGACCGAGUAUCAGGUGUGGGUGAGGGCCCACACGGAUGUGGGGCCGGGCCCCGAGAGCGCCCCGGUGAGGAUAAAAACCAAAGAGGACGUGCCGGGAGCGCCCCCUAGGAAGCUGGAGGUGGAGGUGGUGAACUCCACCACCAUCAGGGUCACCUGGAAGCCGCCCCUGCAGAGCAAGCAACACGGCCAGAUAAGAGGCUACCAGGUCAUCUUCUCCCGCCUGGAGAACGGCGAGCCGCGGGGACAGCCCGACAUGCUGGACGUCACCUUGCCGGAGGCGCAGUGGAAUAUUCAGGACUCCACCGAGCAUGAGGCCGUCAUUGCCGGUCUGCAGCCGGAGACCACCUACUCCGUCACUGUGGCGGCGUACACCACCAAGGGAGACGGCGCUCGCAGCAAAGCCAAAGUCAUCACCACUACCGGAGCAGUGCCAGGCAAGCCCACCAUGAUGAUUAGCACCACCAUGGGCAACACCGCUCUCAUCCAGUGGCAGCCUCCCAAGGACAUGGUGGGCGAGCUGGUGGGCUACUACCUACAGUACAAGCGCGUGGACGACGACGCCUACACGUCACGCGAGCUGAGGAAGACCGACGACCACUACACGGUCACGGGGCUGCACAAGGGCGCCACCUACGUCUUCCGCCUCAGCGCCCGCAACCGCGCCGGCAACGGCGAGCCCUACGUCAAAGAGAUCGGCACCCCCGAGGACGUGCCGUCCGGAUUCCCGUUGAACCUGCAGGUCACCGGCCUGACUCAGUCCAGCACGCAGCUGACGUGGGACCCCCCGCUGCUGGCCGAAAGGAACGGCAAGAUGGUGUCUUACGCGGUGGUGUACAGGGACAUCAACAGCCAGCAGAACAGCACCAACCGCACCAGUGACACCCGCAUGACCAUCCUGGGCCUCAACCCCGACACUACCUAUGACAUCAGGGUGCAGGCUUUCACCAGCAAGGGCGGGGGACCCCUCAGUCCCAGCAUCCAGAGCAGGACCAUGUCUAACGAUUUUCCCACCUUGAACUUUGGCGUCAAAGCCGUCAUGAAGACGUCAGUCCUCCUCACCUGGGAUUUGCCUCCGAAUUACAAGUCCCAAGUGCCUUUUAAGAUCCUGUACAACCAGCAAAGUGUGGAGGUGCAGGGCAACCUGAAGCGCAAGCUGAUCACGCAGCUGCAGCCCGACACCGACUACUCCUUCGUGCUGACCAGCCGGGGCAACAUCGCCGGCGGUCUGCAGCAGCAGGUGUCCAUCCGCACCGCCCCCGACCUCAUCAAGACCAAGCCCGUCUACACCACGCACCAGGCGCAAGGUGGCAAAAUGACGAUUGACCUGCCCAAGGUGCUCACCGCCACGCGCGUCAGCUGGUACUACAUCGGGGUGCUUCCCGUGUCCCAGUCGAGCCGGCGCUGGAAGAACCCGGACGAGAUGGACCUGGAUGAGCUGGCGAAAUCGAGCAAAGGCCCCGCCCUAAGGCGGCGGCGGCGCCACCUGGGCUUGUCCAAGCCUUACAUUGCCGCCAAGCUGCCCGCGCUGCCGCCCACCUUCACCCUGGGCGACGAGAAGUGGUACGAGGGCUUCUACAACAAGCCGCUCACCAGCCAGCAGGAGUAUGUCUGCUUCGUCGUGGCCGAGCUGCGAGACGACGGGGCCGACGGCGCUGCUAAUUAUAUGACAUAUUCGGCCAGUCCCUAUUCGGACCCCAUCCAGGUCACAACACAGUCUCUGGCUCAGGGGCCGGAGCAAACGGAAAUGCUAUGGGUUUUGGGCCCGGUGUUUGCCGUAGUCCUAAUCAUCAGCAUCGUCAUCGCCAUCCUGCUCUUUAAGAAGAAGCGGGCGUCGCCUCUGCCCAAGGACGAGCACUCAGGUGGGGUGAAAGACUCCCUGCUGGCCAACUCCUCCGACCCCGUGGAGAUGAGACGGCUCAACUACCAGACGCCAGGUCCCAGCUCACACCGCAGCCCCAACACGCCAAGGAUGCGAGAGCACCCGCCCAUCCCCGUGGUGGAGCUGGCUGACCACAUCGAGCGGCUGAAGGCCAACGACGGCCUGCGCUUCUCCCAGGAGUACGAGUCCAUCGAUCCGGGCCAGCAGUUUACUUGGGAGAACUCUAACAUGGAAGUGAACAAGCCAAAGAACCGCUACGCCAACGUCAUCGCCUACGACCACUCCAGAGUGGUGCUCACCUCCGUGGACGCUGUCCCCGGCAGCGACUACCUCAACGCCAACUACAUCGACGGCUACAGGAAGCAGAACGCCUACAUCGCCACGCAGGGCCCGCUGCCUGAGACCCUCAGCGACUUCUGGAGGAUGGUGUGGGAGCAGAGGUCCAGCACCAUCGUCAUGAUGACGCGACUGGAGGAGAAAUCUCGGGUGAAGUGCGACCAGUAUUGGCCGUCACGAGGAACCGAGACCUACGGGAUGAUCCAGGUCACCAUGCUGGACACGGUGGAGUUGGCCACUUACAGCGUGCGCACCUUCGCGCUCUACAAGAACGGCUCCAGUGAGAAACGAGAGAUGCGGCAGUUCCAGUUCAUGGCCUGGCCGGACCACGGAGUCCCUGAGUAUCCCACUCCCAUCCUGGCCUUCCUGAGGCGCGUCAAGGCCUGCAAUCCUCCGGAUGCCGGGCCCAUGGUGGUCCACUGCAGUGCCGGCGUCGGGAGGACGGGCUGCUUCAUCGUCAUCGAUGCGAUGCUGGAGCGCAUGAAGCACGAGAAGUCGGUGGACAUUUAUGGCCACGUGACAUGCAUGCGGGCCCAGAGGAACUACAUGGUGCAAACCGAGGACCAGUACAUCUUCAUCCAUGAGGCCCUGCUGGAGGCGGCCACCUGUGGCAACACGGAGGUGCCGGCGCGCAACCUCUACGCCCACAUCCAGAAACUGACGCAGCCGCCGUCCGGCGAGACGGUCACCGCCAUGGAGCUGGAGUUCAAGCGCCUGGCCAACUCCAAGGCCCACACGUCUCGCUUCAUCAGUGCCAACCUGCCGUGCAACAAGUUCAAGAACCGCCUGGUCAACAUCAUGCCUUUCGAGUCCACCCGCGUCUGCCUGCAGCCCAUCCGCGGCGUGGAGGGCUCCGACUACAUCAACGCCAGCUGCAUCGACGGCUACAGACAGCAGAAGGCCUAUCUGGCCACGCAGGGCCCGCUGUCCGAGACCACCGAGGACUUCUGGAGAAUGUUGUGGGAGCACAACUCUACCAUCGUGGUCAUGCUCACCAAGCUCAGAGAGAUGGGACGGGAGAAGUGUCACCAGUACUGGCCGGCCGAGCGCUCCGCCCGGUACCAGUACUUUGUGGUGGACCCCAUGGCCGAGUACAACAUGCCUCAGUACAUCCUGAGAGAGUUCAAGGUCACGGACGCCAGGGACGGCCAGUCCAGAACCAUCCGCCAGUUCCAGUUCACCGACUGGCCCGAGCAGGGAGUGCCAAAAACCGGAGAGGGCUUCAUCGACUUCAUUGGCCAGGUGCACAAAACCAAGGAGCAGUUCGGACAGGACGGACCGAUCACUGUACACUGCAGUGCCGGCGUGGGCCGCACCGGAGUCUUCAUCACGCUCAGCAUCGUGCUGGAGAGGAUGCGCUACGAGGGCGUGGUCGACCUCUUCCAGACGGUCAAGACACUUCGCACCCAGCGGCCCGCCAUGGUGCAGACCGAGGACCAGUACCAGCUGUGCUACCGAGCCGCUCUGGAGUACCUGGGGAGCUUCGACCAUUAUGCAACGUAACCGCUGGCAACAAACCGCCUGCCCGGUUGGACCCUCUCAGGAGUGUGCCAAGUGUCCCCUCUCAGCCACCAUCCUUUUUGCCCCAACAUCAAAGUAGAAAAAAACCACCAGAGGAAGGCCAUGGCGGCGCUCGCAGGACCCCGACCAUC